CAAACAGCUGUUUAUCACCUGAAUGUUAUCUGCUGACUGAGUAAACUAAACUUAAACUACAUUGAUAUCUCUAUCUCCAUUCUAUUCUCCUUCAUAGAUAAGUAGUAUAAUUUGGGGAUGGGAAGUGAAAGAGAACAGCAGUUUUGCCUGAGGUGGCACAACUACCAGAACUGUCUGUUAGCAACAUUGCCUCAGCUGCUGGAUGGAGACGACCUGACAGAUGUUACCCUGUGUGCAGGAGGUCGAAGUAUUCGUGCCCAUCGUGUAGUGCUCUCUGCUUGCAGCCAGUACUUCAAAGAUCUGUUCAAGGAGAUGAUCCCUAUUCAACACCCUGUGAUCGUGCUGCCAGGUACAUACUUCACUGACCUUGUGGCUCUAGUCACUUUCAUGUACAGCGGAGAAGUCAAUGUUUACGAGCAUCAGUUGGCAGGCUUGCUAUCAGUCGCAGAAACGUUGCAGAUAAGAGGACUCGCUGAGUUUACUUGGAGUGGGAACUUAGCUAAUAGUGAAGUAGGAAAGAAAGAAAAUACAGGUGGAAGUCCAAGAUGCAAACGUGUAAAGACAACAGCAGGAUCUGGCGAAGAGGUGAACUGUUCAAGUCCUGCUUCUACUAACAAUAACUCAACAAGUACCACUGUCAAAAGUCGAUCAAAAACAGUAGACGAUGGUUGGGUAGAGGCCAAUGCUAAUGUAGUCGCGACGUUGGAUCAGCCAACGCUGAUAGCUGAAGAUUUGAGCCACAGGAGUGCUGACAAUAUUGAGGCUGACCCAGGUCCUCCCACAGUCAGCAUAGAUUUGACUGGCAAUCCAACUGAUUUGACCCAAGGCGUAGUUGAAACCAAAUCGAAGAACUCCCCGAAGCUGUAUGCUACUUGUUUUGUAUGUGGGAAACAGCUUAGCAAUCAGUACAACUUGCGUGUUCAUAUGGAGACUCAUCAAAACGCUCACUACGCGUGUUCAGCAUGCAACCACGUGUCACGGUCUCGCGACGCGCUACGCAAACAUGUAUCAUACCGUCAUCCUCCGAGCCAGACAACUCCCACUCCACGCCAGCCCUGACCCUCGGACACAUCUCUAGUCACUGUCUUAGUCACCACAUCACUGUUAUAGUCCAAACAGUCUAUUUUAAAGGUUUGUUUUUACGUGAUCUCAUUUCCAAAUAUUAGGAUUAAAUCAAACCUGUAUAUAUCCUUGUAGAAGAUUUACUUAGUCGGUUGGGGGUUCGAGUUACCUUAUUUUAUCCUAUAUGAAAUUGUACACAUCAUCAAAUGGUGUGUAUUAUAGUAAUUGUUCAUGUAUAAAUAUAUAUGUAGAUUUAGCUACUGUGUAUACCUGUUAUACUUGUUUGAAGUUUUACUACCACUAUCUGUUACCAAAAUGGACCUUUUUACACUAGUGAUAAGUGGGUCUGUGUUAUUAAGUGAAUAUGUACAACAUAUCUCACAUUGUGUCAAAGAAAGUUGAUGAUGAUAUAACAAUCAGGCAUAGCCUAUAUUUUACAAAAUAAACUAAAAUGUAUUGUUAUUGUUAUAGGUAUGAAUUUAUUUCAUGUGGUAUUUAAACCCAUAAAAAGUGCUUUGAGCCCAAAUUAUAACAAAUAAUAAACUAGUCAAAGCUUAUUACAAGAGUUGAAGGGGUAUAAUUUGUUAAACGUUAAUGUCAAUUGGUGAUGAUCAACUAAAACUCAGUACAAGAAAAUAAAGAGAAGUAAACUAUUGAUUAUAUCCUUGAAUAUUGUUAUAUGUACCAUAUAUUAUACUGUGUAUGUAUAUUUCACUUUACUUCUGUCAACAUAAUCAAAGUAGUAGCAAUAUAUACUUCGCUGACAUAUUCUAUCGUAUAUGUGGCAUCAUGAAAGCGUAGUGCUUAAAAACGUAUGUUAAAAAACAUUAAAAGGCCAAGAAACACAGUAAAGUACCCCUACCACAGCAAACCUGCAGACUAAGAAAAUUUCAAUUUGUCUGAUUGGAUAUUUUCUGCAAUAUUUCCAAUCCAUAAACAAGACAUAUUUAUUCUAAUUUAAAUAACAUUAGAUUUAGCGAGUACAUAAUUAGUAAUAAUAUCUAUGGUUCUUACCGUCAACGCAAUAUUAUUAUAUUUUCACGCAAUCUGCCACACUCAAGAAUAUAAUAUAUACAUAAUUAGGUUUGCUGCUACGGGGUGGUUUAUUAGUCUUAUUUUUACCAAAUAAUAAUAGUACAGAGGAUAAAAUAAACAACUUUGCCAAAUUUGAUCAAGAUAUAUCCAUAAAUUAACAAGCCAACUGCAACAGUUUUCUUUUCCUCCAUAAGAUUAACGUGGGAAUUUUGAAUGUACAGUUUUUAAAAUUUUCUCUGUAACCUUUAAUUGUACAGCAACGCAUCAAUAUGCCAAAUUAUUUGUUUUCUUUAAGCUCUACAAGAUGGUCUUAUUGGAAAUUGGGCAUUUCCGUGUUUUAAGUGAAAAUUUGAAAACCCCCAUUUUUUAAAUUUCAAAACCCCAAAGUACCCCAUUACCCGAUCUUGCUGGUUCGCGAAUUCAUUCAAGCUUAUCCCGCCCUUCUCCUUCAAGCCUAACUUCAUUCAAAUCAGACCAAAAUUAUCCGUGCUAUCAUGUUCACUGACACACAUAUAUAACAAUUUGAACGAAUAGUUUUGGCCCCUGGAGACAUCAAAAUGAAAAAGUAAAUUGGUAACAUUGGCUUAGGUUUUACCAUGCCACCAACGGUAAUAGCUACUUCCCUAUAGGAAAAUAUUCUCUAAAAACUUAUUAUAACUUGUACAAUUCUUAUCCAGUUGUUUUAAUAACUGAAAUAUACAAAGCCGAAGUAAUUUUUAGUAGAAUUCAGAUGAAUUGAAAAUAAAUUGAUGUUAUUUUUUAUUUUUUUACAAAUUACAAAUCAGGUUAAAGAGAUUGACAAACAACAUGUCAGGUUUACAUUGUAAACCUUAAAAUUUUAAUUUCUGUGGAUUAGAAUUAAUGUUUAGAUCAAUGAUUUUUUAAAUCAUCUUUUUUAUCAACUAUUAUAAUUACUAUCACUCUUUGUGUUUUUGUUUAUUUUAAUAUUUUAUUGUGAGCGUUGAUGAUGCCACAUUUAAAUAAGCCAUAAUGGUGUUUACAGCAACAAUAUUGAGGUAAAGUUACCUGUUUGUAGUUAUCCUCAUUAAGGUGCCAUAAAAUGGAAUCAAAAAUAGUAUAUUGUGUAAAAUAGAUUUUAAAAUACAAGUUUAUUUGAAUUUAAAUUGAAAAAAAUUAUAUUGAUAAUAGUUAUUGCAUUAUCUUAUUGGUUACCUCAGUACCUCAAUUGAAACUUUUAUUUCCAAUUUGUUUUGUAACAUAAAGAAUAUUAUCAAUAUGAUAAGAUAAUAUUUUGUACUACUUUAAUGUCCACUUUUAUCUUCCCUUAUUUUUGAAUUAACUAAGGCACUACAUAAUGAAUAUGGACCUAAACAUAAUUUGUCAGUCUACUACUUGCUACGAACAUCAAACAGCAUAUCAUAGUCAACAAAUUUUUAGAGUAGUAGCCUACAUUAGUUGUUUUAAGAUGCAUAUAGUUGUGCCUUAUUUUACUGUUGUUGACCAAAGGUAGUUCUAGUUUUAAACCUUCAUUGUUUCAACUUCUUUAACUAGCUCUAAUAAUAACAAGAGUCAUGAUUUUGUAGUGUAAAAAGUGAUAAAAAACCAAGCUAAAACUGUUAAUUAAUAAAUUAGGUAUUAUGAUUAGAGGAGUAUUUUUGUUUAAAGAAAGAACUAUGGUACCAUCCAUAGUACCAUAUUCUUUUGAUCAUAGGAAUAUCAAGCCUUGAUCCACUGCACCAUGGCAUCCUACAUAUAAUUUGUUAAAUGUACAACAUUGUCUAUUUUUGAGGAUUAAAUAUUUUUUCUGUUUCGCUUUGUGUACCUUAGAUGUAAUAUGCAUACACUUUAAUUGUUUUGUUUUUUUUUCCCUGGUAUUUAUGCAUUGGGUAACUGUGUAUUUAUUGUGCCUUAAAUUAUAAUUUAUUUUUAGCUAUGCUAUGCAAGCAAAAGAAAAUAUUUACAAAUAAUGUUUUGCUCAAGUUGCUUUGUAUAAAAAUAAAUCUAAUAAUAUAGGUCUACAAUUUCUUAAAAUUUGUCAGAUCUUAUUAGUUUUAAAUAAAAAUAGCUUACAUAUUUUAAGCACUCAUUUUGGGGAUGGCAUGUGUGAUUGUUAAUUCUUUUCUAAACAGUUUCUUUAUUAUAAUGAAACUCAGUAAGCACUAUACUAAACAAGGAAAUAUUCUAUGUUAUGCAUCAUGGGCAUAACAAAGUUUAACUUUAUAUCUAACAAACAUUUAUGACAGUGUUCUAUAAAUCUAAGCUAAUCUAAUCUAAGAGAGCAGAAUCAUUUUAUUUCUCUGUUUGAACAAUAAAAAGUUGAGUCUUUUAUUCCUCUAUGCAUCCAUAAUUAGGCAUUUAAAUGUUUAUAUAGCCUGAUUGACAUAUUUGAAACAUAAACACUAUUCUGGCAAAAAGCAAUUUCAAACAUGGUAUUUAAAAUAGGUGUAUUUUAUUUAUUGAAUACAUAAUAGAUUCAAACCACCUGACUGUUUGCUAAAAGUUUAGUAAAAUUAAUUAAUCAAUCUACAAAUCAACCAAUUGACAAAUCUGAUACAACCAGCCACGCCACUCUAACUUUUUAACCCUAUCAUCCAUAGCUGAGACAUUUUGCAUUUAGUAAAUACCCUACAAAUAAACAAAUAUAUAAUUUGGUAAACAGAGAUUUCUUAAUGGACAACAAUUUUUGGGCCCCUUGAACAAUGAUUAAAGCUCUUAGUUAAAAAUUUACUUAAUUCGUAGCACUCCAAGGGACAUAACAAGAGGCUAACAUUGAAUGUUGGGUCUGUUUUUCUUAAUUGCUCAUGCAUUCAUCGACAAAGCACAAGACUUGGCUAUGUCAAAAAUUGUGGAAAAUAGUGUAGAAAUAUUACUUGUACUGGUUAUUAUAAUUACCAUUUAUUACUUAUUUUACUUCUUUAUAUUUAUCAACAGAGCUAAUAGUAGAUAAUAAUCAAUACAAAAAUCUCAUUAAUAUUUCACCUUUUGUUGCCAAAUAUAUAAAUACAAUAUUUCAGUAAUAAAAUAAUUGUAAUAAUCUCUCAAUUCCUUUCUUUUUUUAAUUAAAUGUAUUAUGAUUGUUAAAAAAUAUUGUUUCAUACAUAUUAAAUUAAAAGUGUCUUAAAUUUAUGAUAUUGUGCCUUAAACAGUUUGGCUAGCAAGAACUAUAUGAGUACCGUUACCUAAUAAAUAAAGAUUAAUUUAGAUAAUUAAUUCAGAACCAUGGCCUCUUUCGUUUGCUGUACAUGAAAUAUAAUUUAAAUGUUAGAUAAAUUAUUCUUUUGAAACACUGUCCCUUCAUUUUUUAUAACAACUAUAUUCUAUAUUUAAUGUUAAUCAUUACUAGUAGGACUUGAAUUAUUUUCAGAGUUAGUCUUGUUUUUUUUUUUUAAAUAACUACCGGUAUAUAGGCCUACCACUAUUACACAUACAGGGUGUCCCGGAACUCUCUACCAAUAUUUUAGGGCAUUGUUCCUGGGUAAGAAACAUAUCUAAAUAUCAUAUUUAAAUUGUCCGGAAGUCCUUAGUUACUCAGAUAGCCGCCAUUUUGUUUUUUCACUUAUUAAUUUUUUUCUGAAAAUUGGUUAAACAUACGAAGUUGAAACUUUGCACAAACAUUUAUGACAACUAGACAAAGCUACAAAAAAAAAUUAUGACGAUUUUUCAAAUUCAUAAAACAAAAUGGCGGCUGUUUAAAAUUUUGUUUCUUAAAUUACUCGAAAACUGUUGAUAUUACAAACAUUUUACAAGAUUGACUUUUUUAAGGCAAUUUUAUUACAAAUCGAUCGACACCUUAAUCUUUAAGAUCGGACAAGUAUUAACUGAGAUAUGGCAGUUUUAGUGAUACGUGACCGCCGGAUAUUAGUUGCAGCGCAUGCUGAAAGCGGUCACGUAUCACUAAAACUGCCAUAUCUCAGUUAAUACUCGUCCGAUCUUAAAGAUUAAGGUGUCGAUCGAUUUGUAAUAAAAUUGCCUUAAAAAAGUUAUUCUUGUAAAAUUUUUGUAAAAUCAACGGUUUUCGAGUAAUUUAAGAAACAAAAUUUUAAACAGCCGCCAUUUUGUUUUAUGAAUUUGAAAAAUGGUCAUAAUUUUUUUGUAGCUUUGUCUAGUUGUCAUAAAUGUUUGUGCAAAGUUUCAACUUCGUAUGUUUAACCAAUCUUCAGAAAAAAAUUAAUAAGUGAAAAAAACAAAAUGGCGGCUAUCUGAGUAAAUAAGGACUUCCGGACAAUUUAAAUAUGAUAUUUAGAUAUGUUUCUUACCCAGGAACAAUGCCCUAAAAUAUUGGUAGAGAGUUCCGGGACACCCUGUAUAUAUUAUUAGUGCCAUUUUCGCUAAAUAUUUUUAAAUUGUGCUUCUUAUUUAAUCAAGGUAUUGCCCUUUACCACAUUAAAAUACCUUUAUUUUUAUAUAAUAUGUCUCAUAAACAGCUUUCCAAAGUGUGUCAGUGCUCCAUUAGAGUAAAAUCAAGAACUCUUUUGAGUAAUUAAUGUUAAGAAAUUUAUUAUAAUACGUCAGUACGUCAAUUUUAAUUGUUAUUUUUUUAGAAUUUAUGAAAUGUGUUCAUAAGUCAAAUAUCUUUACCUUUUGAACUGUUAAUUUGUUAAUUUUUAAAAGUUUACUAAUGUUAAAAUAUAUCAACU